AUGACACGACGUGCAGCGGCUGGAGCUACUAGUGCUGCCAUUGCAGGCAUGGCAGCAGUGAGCACUGCAUUCGUGUGCCCUGUGGCAAGAACAUCGCACACGGAGGGCGCGACUGCAUUGCGAGGAGCCAGCAGCGCAUCUUCUUCUGCUGCAAGCGCUCUUUCUUCUAGCACCGGUGUAGCCAUUUUGGCCACAAGUGCAGCCCUAGCUUUCCGACGGAACCAGGCACGCGCCAGCGCCAGCGCCCUGAGAGCAUUUGAGCAGGAAGCUGGAGUUCAAGCUCCUCUGGGCUUUUGGGACCCCCUGGGUCUUUCCACAAGUGGCAAUGUCUCGGACUACAAACGACGCAGAGAAGUAGAACUCAAGCAUGGCCGAGUAGCAAUGUUUGCAACUAUUGGCUAUAUCUUGCCUGAAUAUUGGCGCUUUCCGGGCUACCUGUCGAAGUUUCUGGACAUCAAAUUCGCAGACGUCCCCAAUGGCUUGAGCGCCUUCACCAAGGUGCCCCCUCUCGGAUGGCUUCAGAUUGUGGGCUUCGCUGGGGUUGUAGAACUCAACAUCUACAAUGAGCAGGUUAAUGAUGAACCAGGAAACUAUGGUGCUUGUUUCCUUGGUCUCCGAUCCAUUGGCUUCAUGAACAGCGGCAUUGCUGAUCCUGAAGUUCGUAGGAAAAAACUCAAUGCCGAACUUGCAAAUGGAAGAUUGGCCAUGUUUGCAAUCAUCGGAAUGUUUUUCCAGGAUGGUCUCACAGGCUCGGCUUGGGGUGAUUGGUCUUUGUACACUGAUUCACCUCUUCGAGCAUUCGAAGAAGAGUUGGGUGUUCAGGCGCCUGUCGGAUUUUGGGAUCCCGUCGGAUACACUCGCGAUGGAGAUUUGGAGACAUUCAAGCGACGACGAGAGACAGAGAUCAAGCACGGCCGUGUGGCCAUGUACCUACCAUUGGAUAUAUCGUGCCCGAAUACUUCAAGUGGCCGGGAUUUUUGUCCCCUUCUAUGGGCUUGA